CCUACAUCCCUCCCUACUCUCACGGGCUACCUUAAUUAAAACCCUAGAAGACCGUUGGAUAUUCAAAUUUUUAAAACAAAUCCCCAAAUUUCAAUUUCUCGUGUUCAAUUCACCAAUCAAAUUCCCCAAGAAAAUCAAUUUGCGAAACCCCCACACACAAAUUUCAAAUCCAAGAGACAGAAUUAAAAAAAAAAAAUGGUUCAAAGAAGAUCCAAAACCCCCGAAGACGCCGCCGCCACGACGAAAUCAGUGAUUCUCACUCCAAACUCCUCCGCAAAAUCGACGGCGACAACGGCGGAGAGCAACCAGUCGGAAACACGAGACAGUUUCUACUUCCCCGGGUGCAGAAAAGACGCGAAUUGCAGCUGCGAGAUAUGCAUCGCGAGCAUGAACGCAACUCUCGAUUUGAUGCCGCAGAGCUCCCUCACCAAAUUCUCCGCCGCCAGGCCCGGAGUUCGAAGAAGCCCCAUCGCUUUUCCUUCGCCGGCCGAUCUCUCGACACCGCCGAAGAAAUCGAGGUAUCAGAUCCGGCGCGUGGAUUCGUCCUCGCCGCCUCUGGAUUCAACCGCGAGUGCGGUUUUGCAGGAGAAGUUGGAAAGGGGGAAGAAGGGAGAGAAGGAAUCGGGUUUAGGGUUUUUCGCGGUGAGGUUUCUCUUCGGCUUGAUUUUGAUUUUCUGCGUCGAAUGUGGUCUGUCUUGGGUGGUUUCUGGUGUUGUCAAGGCUAAAUUGUCGCCGGAUUUAGUGACGGAGUUGGGUGGAAAUUCGUCGGAAAUCGAGGGGCUGAAAGGUAAAUUCACGUUCUUGAAGAACGAAUUAGAAGUGCUAGUCGGCAAAGAGGUCUCGAAUUGCACCUCUGUCGAUUCCGUGUGGAAAAUUACCCAGGACGGUUUAUUGCUAAAUUCGAAAUGCGUGUUGUACAAAUCAACGGCCGAGGAAGUGAGCAUUUGGGGCUGGCCAUUGCAGACCGUGGGAUUGCUCACAGCAGAAUAUUCCCCUCGAUCGUUCACCGUUUUAUCGGGGAAAGUUACAGAGUGGUUGUCGGAGGAAGCGAAUUAUUCGAUUCGAGCAGGGAAUAGUUCGUGGGUACUAGGAAAAUGGAGUUCAUCGGUGGUGCAGUUGGAUCCGAAUACGUGGAUAUUGGAAUACAGACAGGGGUUUCUCAUGAACGACGAUACUAAACUGGUUUCGACUGUAAUGGAAUGCUUCAAGUUCGGGAUGGUAAGAGGGUUUCAAAUGUUGAAGAAAGAAUUUUGGCUGCCGUCUUCUCGAAGUCGAGAUUUUGAUUUUGCACGUGGGAAAAUUCUAAUCCCUACUUGAGGAAAAAAGAAAGGGAAGAAAAUCAAUUCUCAUUCCUCGUGAGAAAUUAGGUUUUGUGCUUUGUGUUAUUGUUUUUAUUUGUUUUUGUCAUUAAAUUGUAUAAAAGAGAUGGAAAUGGUGUACUCCUUUUGUAGCUAAUGGAAAUUAGUUUUAUUUUUUCAUGAU